GUGCCAUCUUCGUGCGCUAAUCAUGUUGUAUGCGACACCACUAUGAAGUAUUCUCUUGGCUGGGUCUAUGGUCAAGAGCAAUCAAACGUGCUAUACUACCAAUAUGAUGUAGGCGACAAAUUCAAUUCUGCUCCAACAAGAAAGGACAGGUAAUAACGCAACAAGUGUCCAAAACCUGCAAUACACCGGGCUGCACCAUGCACACAAUCCUUUUCCUACGGUACUCACAAAAAUGAAAAAGAACAUUUUCUUGGUAGCGAUAAGCGCAUUUGCACCGUUUGGUUCUGGAUGAUACAGCGAGCCGUUAGAACAAAACGAUGCAAAGGCGUUGUAAAAUACAAAUGGCGCAAACAUUUAUUUUGUUCAUCAGAUCUCUGAACGCUCACAGCGAAUCGCACCGCUUCUCAGAUGAUUUUCAACAACAAUUCCCACCCUUUGGUGCUGAAAUAGGAAGCAAAAACUUGGAGAUGGCGGAUGACAGUGAGUGCUACUAUAACACCAUUAAGAGAAAGUUAACCAGCGGAAGCAUUGAGUCGCUAGAUGUGGUUAGCAACGUGUUGGACAAGGAUCAUUCUUUGCUGUUCAGACUGUAUAAAGAGGUGGGAAACAUCACCAUUCGGUACAAAGAGACCAGUUUGAUGAGUUUGAAGGAGUUGCUGUGCCACACGGCAGUUGUAGGCAAACUUGAUUUGGAGUUACCGGCGAUUCAACCGGUCAUCCGUUACUUUGAGGCCAACCUGUUAAACCGGAUGGACGAGUUGAUGGCAUUGGAUGAACUACCGUUGUGGACUUACGGACUCUCAAGUCACAUGAGAUUAAGAAUGAUAGAAGCGAUGUCAGAGCAUCUGAACCAGUGGGACGGCCUCGCAGCGAUUCCGAACGCAAAUGGAGUAUCAUCGGACACCAAUCUAGAUUUGUGCAGCAUUGAAGACACUUCUGAGUUUAUUGCCAAAUUUUCAGAAAAAGAAAACGAUGAAGAGAACCUACCAGGCUGCACAAAUCUAGAUCGGUGUUCGAUGGUAUGUUCGGAAAAAGAAAACGAUGAAGAGAACCUACCAGGCUGCACAAAUCUAGAUCGGUGUUCGAUGGUAUGUUCAGAAAAAGAAAACGAUGAAGAGAACCUACCAGGCUGUGAAGCAGCGAUUAGCUUGGAUACAAGCGUGAACACGUCAAACUUGGAUAGAAUGCUUGGUACGGCAGAUCACAUGUGCAACAACCGCAACGAAGAGUAUAACAGUAUGGUUGGCAUGAGGGAUGAAAAGGUGAUCAUCAAUGGUAAACCUGGCAACAAAAUUAGGAGAGAGACAGUUGCCAAGCACGUAAAGGUGCUCAUAGAAAAUCUAUCGCAGAUUGAACUAAACACUUUGAAGCUUGACAAGCACACCGUGCCAUUUUUUAUAGCUAGUGUGAGAGACAGCUUUCUCAUCCCAAAGCUGUUCACGAUUGAAGAACUGGUUGUAAACGAAAUUCUGCAGAGUAAGCAUUACCACUCGCUCCAGAGCAAAAUAAAAGCAUAUGUGAACGGACAAACCAUCGAUAAUAUCAAUGUAAUGCUUUUCAAACUGUUCUUACGUUGCAAAGUCAACCUCUCAUACGAAAAUUCGUUGAUGUUGGUUGAUAACGUCUGUUUGGAUUGCUUGGUAUUCUUUCUGGCAAGACAUUCAAAUGCUGGUAUCUGCCAAUUGGUGUCUUUUCUUGAACAGCAAAGGUAUUUUUACGUGUUGAUGAUUUCUGGUACGAACAAAAUAUCACGUGAUGUUAUUGACUUGGUGAAUUCUUCUGUGACGGGCAAAAAUAAUGAAAGCUGUUUGGGUAAUGCGCAGGUAAGGGAGUUGAUCAUGAGUGUGUCUCAGGAAUGUAGAAAUGAAGUAAAAGAUAAUGCAUUCGGGCUUGGUGAUUCCGAUUCGGACACAGAAAUAAGCAAAUAUGGUAGUUCUGGUCCUGACACGGAUGGACUGACCAAGAGAUUGAAAACAAAAAUGUCUCUCAACAACGAACAUGUGCAGCUAGAUGAUGAUUUGCCAUCUGGAAAGAACAAAAUAAGCCAUUUGCCGUGUCCAUUUCUAUCUUUUAUCUGCGGUCAGACCAGAAGAUUCCACAAUUUAAGUAUAGAACCGAUAGAUUAUAUUUUACACACACUUAGAACGAAAAGACUUAGCACAGAGGAGCAGAGGUUGCUGGAUGAAUUGUGUUGUACCGGCUACGAAGGAGAUCUUGGCGAAAAGCUUUGUUCGAGGAUGCGUAAAGAGGAACAAUACGAAAUAAGUGCGAUCAUAGCGAAGCCUUUUCAUACGAAGUAUUUCUCCUACUUCUUUCGGCGUAGGGAACAAAGCACCAAGGUCUUUGAUUAUCUGCUGAAUCACCUGCCAUCAAUGAGCACCAUGAACAGUUUAAAAACCCUGGUAAUGAUUUUUAGUAGCAAAGUGUUCUAUGAAGACGAUUUUGUGCUCAAUAACACGGCUGAUGGAGAAGAGCAAAGAAACUCACACGAUCAUGGUAGUGUUGUGGUGGAUGAGCAUGGAAAGCAAGGGCAUUCGAUCCGGAGUGAAGAUGAAAAUUGUUUAAUGGAACAGGCACUUAACGAUUAUGUUAACAGCAAGUACAACAAAUACAAGCAUACACUUUGCAAACUUGCAAGAAGCCUUGAUAAGAAGCGCGGCGCUGACAUUCUCAACGUUCCGUACGUCUUGAACAGUUUAAUCCCCCACAUCAAUCAGUUUACGUUUAAUUUAAAGAAAUUUUAUCGAAAGAUAACUUAUCACGUGGCAGCGUACCGUUUUUUGGAAGGCACAGGGUGCAAAAACGAGCUUCUCAGUAUUUUUCUGUCCGAUAAAAAGUACGACAUCCUGCAUCAGCUUAAGUUCGUUUCAGAAUUGAAGGAAGGCGAGUCUGACAGUACGACUCACCGAAUUAUACUCGAGUUUUAUCUUAACCGAGUGUUGAACAACGAUUUCAUCGAAGAAACACACGUGAUGUACGUGAAAGAGAUGCUUGAUUACCUGCUGACCGUAGAAAUGAGCACAGAAAUAAAAAGAAGCUACGACUGUGUUCUAUUCCGUGCCAAGCAGUGCAUGUCAAUGAUGGGACUUGAAUUGAAAGUGAAAAACGUACGAAGUACCGAACAGUGAUUGUGAGUUCUGCAGCAGUGGAUGAGUCUCUCCGUGACACGUACAUCACGGCCAGGCAUAUUCGCUCAUGAAUUGGCCUGACAGCGCAUGUGAUGCUGCUUAGGAAGAAUAUUUCGUUUAAUUUUGGUGUGCGAGGUGGUAGCUUUGAUGUUUACGUAGGAUGAGUGCACCGAGCAGCACGAUGAUACCUGCUGAUGGGGCUCUGUCAACGGUUGUUUAAGUAAAUCUUUUCGGUGCGA